AUGCGUGGGCCAUUCAUCGCUUUGUGUUUGAUCGCUUCAAUUUCUUCGCGCUCAGUGCAAGGUCAGCCAAUUGCUGGAAAUGAGCUGCGCGCGCGCGCUCCGCCGGAUCCCACCCAGUCGGAAAAGACCUCUGCUUCGGGAACGAGUUGGGAUCGUCCGGCCAAAAUUCAAAAGGUUUCUGCGCCGCACGGACAGGACGUCCAGGACGUACAGCGCAAGACCGACCGACGUGAGUCAGCUUUGAUGAUUUGAGGUGUGUGGGAUGACCUAGUGACGCGUUUAUCGGUCCCGCCAACUCGCGGUCAGGCUUGGCUCGUGCAAAAGCUCGCGAGGCUGCUGCUGUGCACUGGAGCUACCUCGACGAUGUGGAUAGGGCGAGCACCUCCUUGACUGCCACAACCCCCGUUCGAACAUGGAAUAAAUCACCUGUGGGAGCGAGUAGCAGUCCGCUCAGGUCUAAUGCGAGAUGGCAACACACGAUUCGACAGUUCAAGACGACGCCCCAUUUGGCUCUGCGCAAGUCCGUCUCCCCAUCUAGAUCGAGCUUUCUGAGCGGCUACAGCGCAUCAGGCUCCGAAGCAGGCAAACCUCGCAAUAAAGGUACAGCUACGACUUCAACUUCUUCCACGUCCACCUCGACGAGCGCGGGGGAGCUUGCGCAUGAUGCGGAGAGCGCAUUGAAGAAAGGAAUGGGCCACGUGUUGAUGUGA